AUGUGUUUUACAUCGAAGGAAAAUAUGAUAAACAGCACUAAACAUGAUAUUGUCGAAUUGUUCACUAGUUCUCAAAUAACGGCUGCAGUACAUCAAAAGAAUUCCAUUAUUCUGCGGAAUCUUUAUCAAUCAUCCAAUACUGAUGAGUUCAAAAGUGUCCUUAGAAAUAUUAUGAACAUAAUGCUGGUUACUAAAAAGAGCACUCAACAUCUUGAAAAAUCUAUACAUUUUUUCGGGAUGUUUUGUUCAUUAUUGAAACCAGAAGAUUAUGACACUUCAGAUUCCACAGUUGAUUAUAUGGAACAUCCUCUUCUGACAGAUAUUAUAUCCUAUUUAUUGGAAGCUUCUGAGUCAUUCCAAGAUGUUGUCAGACUCCGAGCAUGUCAACUGAUCAAUAGAAUUCUAGAUAAUUUAAUAGGUGUUGAAGUAAGUGAAGAAUUAUGUGAGAGUCUGGAAAGAGUCCUAUUAGUAAGGUUACAGGAUCCUAAAAGUACCAUAAGACAACAAGCUGUUAUAUCCUUACAUCGUCUGCAAAUGCCUGAUAAUCCGGAAGAUCCUAUUAUGUCCGGGCUGAUUCAUCUGAUGAACUCCGAUUGUUUUGCGAAGGUAAGGCAGUUAUGCAUAGAGAAAAUAGCUGCUAGCAAAGAGGUUAUUGGGCAUAUUAUCAACAGAACGAGAGACACAGAUCCGAACGUUAGGUUGGCAGCUUUCAAACGACUCUCGGCGUUCGCAGGUUCUUUAAAAAUUUCCGAGAAACGACAAAUUCUCCAUUGUGGAUUCUUCGAUGAGUCUGAUAAAGUGAAAGAAUUCAUGAAUACCGUACUAAUAAAAUCAUGGCUUGAACAUUACAACAAUAACAUACUGGCUUUCAUGAAAUCUCUAAGAUUGGAUGCUGAUGAGAAAGAUAUUGAAAAUACGGUGUCUUUAUUUGAAAGUAUCCUAGCAGUAAUUUUCAAAGACAAGAUAUUGACAGAACUGACUAAAGUUUUGCCUUUGAACGAGAAACGGUUGAUUUCAGUGGAGAAUUUGAAUUGGGAAGUGGUCAGUUACUGGCGAAUCUACGUGCAAUUUUUAAACCAAAAUGAAGAAUUCGACGCGGAACUCGAGAAAGUCGUACCAGAGAUGAUUUAUUUCUGCAAAUAUAUAAAAGAGUAUUAUGUCAACGCACCCAAUGAAAUAACAGCAAUUGAAUUCAUGGAACAUCAGUUCAUAUUGAAGCAAUUAUUUCUGAUGACGUCAACGUAUGACUUCAGUGAUCCGACGAAUAGAAAAUGUCUGAAUUCGUUGGUCACCAAUAUUUUGGAAAAUGUCGUACUCACUUCUGACGUCAUCAAUGUCAUAAUCGGCAACUUGGAACAUUCCAUUCCCAAGAGUGACCAGAGGACGCAAUUUGUCAGCGAAAUGAUUUCGGACAUUCUCUAUCCCAUCAGCUCAGAGGAAUCUCGGGAGAAAAUACGAGAAAACGAAUUUCAGAUUUCCCAAUUGACUGUGAAAUUGAAUCAGCUGAGAGUGUCUCUGGAGGAAGCGGUUCAACGAGAAGAUUACAUGGAAGCUGAACAAAUAAAAAACAUGAUCGGCGAUGCGAACGCUUCUCUGGCGAACCUCAAACAGGAGGAACCGGCGCAGCUACGUCAAGAGAAGAAAACGGAUCUCGUGACCACCAUCAAAUGUUUGGAUAUCACAGCGGCGAUAUUGCUGUCUCCUAAAAUAAACAGGUUGACGGCUUCGAUGAGAGCGCUGAAAGAGGAUUUGAUUCAGGAGCUGCUGAUACACGACAAUGAUACCGUGCGUGUAAAAGCGAUGAAAUGCUACGGACUGUGUUGUAUCGCCGACAAAGAGACAGCCUCCACCGGCAUACAUAUUUUUUCGACACCGAUAUUCGCGUACCAAAACGGCGAAGAGUGCGACACCCAAACUCUGCUCGUGUGCAUCUCGACGGUGGUCGACCUGCUGCGCAUAUACGGCUCCCAGCUGAUGGCCGUGCCCGAAAGGGAGGAGCUGUCCGAAAGCAUGCAGGAGAAGCAGCAGGCGGUCUUCAUGGGAGGGACUUCGCUGACUGGGAUUCUGCAGGGGUUGGUCGAUUUGAUGGAUGACGAGCAAUACGAAAUCCAAGAGAAGGCCGGACUGGGACUAUGCCAACUUAUACUGAGCGAUCGGAUCAUUUCUCCGUCUCUGAUCUGCAGAUUAGUCUUGAAAUGGUGCAAUCCAGCAACAGACGAUGAAACGGACAGAUUGAGGCAAAUAAUCGGGUACACUUUGCAAAAAAUGCCAUCGAUGACGCAAUGUACAGAGCAACUUAUGGACGCCGUUUUAAUGACGAUCCGAACUUUGUUUUCGGCGCCUAGAACCAGCCCGCUAGCGGACGUCAACAUUGAAAAUAUAGCAAAAUUCAUGUUAGCUUUAUGCAAGACAUCCCCAGAUGCUUCCUACAUUCAUUCCAGCCUGGCGACAACUUUAUGCGGCGAGAUUUUGAAGAAACCAAAAAGCAAACUGAAUUUGGUCUUCGCCAAGAUGCUCUUGAUGCUGGACAUAUCAGAUAACAAAAUGAAAGUGGAUGAAUUAUUGGAUCUAUGUGAUCAAAUCAGAGACAGAAUCUCAGAAAAAAAUGUUAUCAACAGUGUAAUAAAGUUUGUAGCAAGCCUUAACAUGAAACGUCCUGAUGAAAGUGAAAAGUCCGACAGUAACGUAGCUAAAGAGAACACAGCGAGUAUGCCUGAAAAUACAAUAAAAGAAGAACCGGAAGAUGAUAUGAUAGGAGAUACACUAAGUGUUGUACCUGAAAGUGCAAUAAAAGAAGAAUCUGAAGAGGGCGUUGGUGAUUGA